AUGGCGACCUCUCAGCGCCCCCGUGUCUUUUUUGACAUCCAGAUCGGUGAAACCCCCGCUGGACGCGUUGCAUUUGAAUUGUUCAACGAUGUUGUGCCCAAGACCGCGGACAACUUCCGUGCUCUCUGCACCGGAGAGAAGGGCAUCGGCCAACAGGGCAAGCCAUUGACUUACAAGGGUCCCCGAAAAGGCUCUAUCUUCCACCGUGUUAUCAAGCAAUUCAUGAUCCAGGGUGGUGACUUCACUGCGUUCAACGGUACCGGCGGCGAAUCCAUCUACGGCGAAAAGUUCCCCGACGAGAACUUCGACUUGAAGCAUGACCGUCCAUUCUUGCUGUCCAUGGCCAACUCGGGCCCCGGCACCAACGGAAGUCAGUUCUUCGUUACCACCGUUCCCACUCCCCAUCUCGAUGACAAGCACGUUGUGUUCGGUGAGGUGAUCAACGGCAAGAGCAUUGUCCGCAAGAUCGAGAACAUGUCCACCACCUCCGACAAGCCGAAGUUCGACGUCAAGAUUGUUGACUGUGGUGAGCUUAAGGGUGCGGAAUACGAGAACGCCAACAAGCGCGUGCAGGAUGCCACCGGCGACCCUUACGAGGACUUCCCCGAGGACCACCAGGGCGAGGAGUUGACCGCGCCCCUCGCUUUCAAGAUCGCAUCUGAUAUCAAGGGUUUCGGCAACGCUGCAUUCAAGAGCGGCGAUUUGAACUUGGGCAUUGAGAAGUACCAGAAGGGUUUGCGCUACUUGAACGAGUUCCCCGAGCCCAGUGAGAACGAUCCCAAGGAGCUGGCCGAGCAGAUGAAGUCCCUUCGAUUCACCCUGCACUCCAACUCAUCUCUGCUGGCUGGCAAGGCUCACCACUACCGCGAUGCCAAGACCUGGGCUGGAUAUGCUCUGCAGAUUGCGGACGCUGCCAAUGUCAAGGAUGCCGACAAGGCCAAGGUGCACUACCGUCGUGCUGUCGCCCUCAUCGGUCAGCGUGAGGAGGACUUGGCUCUUAAGGACCUCCAGGAGGCUCUCAAGUUCGCCCCGGGUGAUGCGGCUAUCACCAACGAAAUCAACAAGGUGAAGAAGGCGGUCAAGAACCGCGAGGCACAGGACAAGAAGGCUGCCCAGAAGUUCUUCUCCUAG